AUGAUUUUGCAAGUGCAGUGCAAUGAAGAGACUUUGUUAAUCCGUGAACUCUUCAAAAACUACAACAAAAACAUUCGACCAGUGGUUAAACCUGAAGACAAGGUGGAGGUUAUGAUAAAGCUGACCCUUACUAACCUCAUCUCACUGAAUGAAAAAGAAGAGACUCUUACAACCAAUGUAUGGAUUGAAAUUCAGUGGGUAGAUUAUCGUCUUUCCUGGAAUGCCUCAGAGUAUUAUGGCAUAAGUGUUAUUCGUGUCCCAUGCAACACCGUAUGGCUGCCUGACAUAGUCCUUGAAAAUAAUAUUGAUGGCAAGUUUGACGUGGCUUACUAUGCCAAUGUGUUGAUCAGUAAUGAUGGCUGGAUGUAUUGGCUUCCUCCUGCUAUCUACCGCAGCACAUGUGCUAUUGAAAUUACCUACUUCCCAUUUGAUUACCAAAACUGCACACUUGCAUUUAGGUCACAGACGUACAGUGCCAAUGAAGUCGAUUUGACCUUGGCAGUAGACAACGGGCAAACAAUCGAAUGGGUUGAUAUUGAUCCAGAAGCUUUUACAGAAAAUGGUGAGUGGGCCAUUGUCCACCGUCCAGCCAGAAAAAGAAUAGACUCUCGUUACUCUCCAGAUGAUCUGGAAUAUCAGGAGAUCACGUUCAACUUGAUCAUUCAAAGGAAACCUCUGUUUUAUGUCAUCAACAUCAUUCUUCCCUGCUCCCUCAUCUCUUCUCUUGUCGUCCUCGCCUACUUCCUCCCAGCGCAGGCUGGAGGCCAGAAGCUAACUGUGUCCAUAUCAGUGUUACUGGCCCAGACUGUCUUCCUGUUUCUUAUUGCACAGAAAAUUCCAGAAACAUCCCUAUCUGUACCGCUCAUUGGAAAGUAUCUGAUCUUUGUAAUGUCUGUGACAACGCUUAUCGCAACCAAUCAAAUUGUGGUUCUAAAUGUCUCUCUACGCAGCCCAAGUACUCACACCAUGUCCCACAGUGUCAAACAUCUCUUUCUGAAGAUGAUUCCUCAACUUCUGGGCAUGGCUCCAUUGAUUGAUGAGACAGAGGAGGCAGAAGAGGUGAAUGGGGUGAUAGAGCGGCGUAGGAGCUCCUUUGGCCUGAUGCAAAGGGCAGAAGAAUAUGUGCUCAAACAGCCUCGCAGUGAAAUGAUGUUCGACAAACAAAGAGAGAGGCAUGGGCUGACCAGAUCCAUUGUGGACAACAUGGAUGUGAGUGGCACCGCUAAUCUUUACAAGAGUUUGGCCCAAGCAGCACCAGAAAUCAAGCAGUGUGUCGAUGCUUGCAACUUUAUCGCAGAGAGCACAAGACAGCAGAACACCAUUGGAUCUGAGAUUGAAAGUUGGGUGCUAAUUGGAAAGAUGAUUGACAAGCCUCUGGGGUUGGCUAAAGAGACAGGGGACAUCUGGAGAUGCAUAAGGCAGGUGGAUGUUGAACACUGCAUCAACUCUUUUGAGGGCAGCAAAAACACACUUUUGGUUAAUUUCAACAUCUGUAGAACCAUGGCAGGUCCAGAAGAAGUAAUCGAGCCUCUUGCCCAUGAGACAUCUGCCCAAAAACUCAGCCGUAGACGCUUCUCACAUGACCUCCAUGUGCUCAGUCCAGAUGAGAUGGAUGGCCUCAUGUCCAGUAGCGAUGGCCGUCCUUUCCUUGUGGUUCAUCAUCUACCAGAAAUAAAAGAAAAAGGCGUUCCGUACUUGAUUCCUGGGGUCCCAGUAACAUGUCAUGUGGACAAUACGGAGAAAUACACCACAAGAUCCAAGGUGCGUGUAGGGACUUUAUACACUGUGCGUCUCACCCAUGGGCCUUUUCACUGGAUAGUAAAGAGGAAGUACAAGCACUUUCAGGAGCUUCAUCGAGACUUGUACAAACACAAGAUGAUGCUUCACUUUAUGCCACUGGGAAAAUUUGCAAAGGAGAGACACCUGCUGAGAGACAUGUCCGAAGAAAUGCCUAGUCUUCAUGGGAUUGAACGCUCAAGAAGAACAUCAAGCAAAAUGAAAUAUCUGGAAGAACAUCUCAAUAGUUUGUUGGAAAAUAGAUUUUGCAGAAAUGACCACAGCAUGUUCGAAUUUCUCUCAGUGGGUGCCCUUUCCUUCAUCACUGAUCUGGGACCAAAAGGCCUUGAGGGGCCCAUAGUGAAGAGGUCCGGGGGUCAUCGUAUUCAGGGCUUGAACUGCAUUGGCCAUCAUCAGAUUUGUUUCCGCUGGUCGCGCCGCUGGCUCGUGGUUAAGGAUUCUUUCCUGUUAUACAUGGACAGAGACAAUGGCAGUAUAAACUUUGUGCUGCUCUUUGACCCCGAGUUCAAAGUGAAAGUCGGUCGUGCCCACACAGACACCACGUAUGGAGUGUGCUUUGAGAACUUCACUCGGAGCUUAAUAAUCAAGUGCAGCAGCUACAGACAGACCCACUGGUGGAGUCAUGAAAUCAACCGUUUUGCAGAAUCCUGUGACUACUUCAAACAACAGCGCUUUGGAGGGUUUGCUCCGCCUCGAGAAAACACACUCACUAAAUGGUAUGUGAAUGGGAGUGGAUACUUGGCAGACUUGGCUGAUGCCCUUGAACAAGCGAAGGAGGAAAUAUUCAUUACAGACUGGUGGCUCAGUCCUGAAAUAUACCUCAAGAGACCUGCAACUGACAAUUACUGGCGUUUGGAUGAGAUACUUAAACGCAAAGCAGAACAAGGAGUCAAAAUUUGUGUUCUACUUUACAAAGAGGUAGAACUUGCACUUGGCAUCAACAGUGAGCACAGCAAGAGGGUCCUCAUGGAUAAGCACCCCAACAUUAAGGUCAUGAGACAUCCAGACCAUGUUUCCUCUGUGGUGUUCCUCUGGGCUCAUCAUGAGAAAAUGGUUGCUAUUGACCAAAUAGUGGCUUUUGUUGGAGGCAUCGACCUGGCUUUUGGGCGAUGGGAUGAUAGUCACUACAGACUCACUGAUCUUGGGUUAGCAGACCCAAAUGUAGAAGAUUCAGAGAAAACCGUUGUUGAUGAUGGUCCUCCAUCUGAACCAGAAACAGACUCUGUGGAUCUGAGGGGCAACACUAAACUGUGGCUCGGCAAAGACUACAGCAACUUCGUCAAAAAAGAUUGGGUCCAACUGGAUAAACCAUUUGAAGAUAAUAUUGAUCGUAGCCAGGUUCCUCGCAUGCCAUGGCGCGAUCUUGCAGCAAAUAUUCAUGGAAAUGCUGCCAGAGAUCUAGCGCGUCACUUCAUCCAACGCUGGAACUUCACAAAAAUUUUCAAGAGCAAAUACAAAGAUGACUUUUACCCGUACCUUCUUCCAAAGUCUCAUUGCACUGCUGAAGAUCUACCAUUCACUGUGCCUGGGGCCAGGAAAGCCAAAGUACAGAUUUUGAGAUCAGCAGAUCGAUGGUCUACAGGAACUUGUGAAAACUCAAUCUUGAAUGCCUAUCUUCAAACAAUCGAGAAGAGUGAGCACUACAUCUACAUUGAGAACCAGUUUUUCAUUAGCUGUUCUGAUGGAAGUACAGUCUACAAUGGGAUUGGAGAUGCAAUAGUGAACAGGAUCUUGCGUGCACACAGGGAGCAAAAAAAAUACAGGGUUUAUAUUGUGAUCCCUUUGCUUCCCGGCUUUGAGGGAGAUGUUACGUCUGGAGAGGCAAAUGCCAUUAAUGUUAUCCUGCACUUCACUUACAGGACCCUUUGUCGUGGAGAACAUGCAAUCCUUUCAAGGCUUGGUGAAAUCAAAGACCAGUGGACUGAGUACAUCACUGUGUGUGGCCUGAGGACCCAUGCCCAGCUCUCCCAGUCCUUAGUGACGGAGUUCAUUUAUGUUCACAGUAAGGCCCUCAUCGCUGACGAUCGCUGCUACAUUAUUGGCUCUGCCAACAUCAAUGACCGCAGCAUGCUGGGCAGCCGAGAUAGUGAGUUGGCUGUGUUUGUGGAAGAUGAAGAGCGAGUCCCAUCUGUGAUGAAUGGACAGGAGUAUGAGGCUGGACCUGUCACACUCGCUCUGCGCAGAGAGUGCUUCAGUGUUCUUGUGGGAGCCGCUUCUGACCCCAGCAUCAAUCUUGACGAUCCCAUCAGUGAUGAUUUUUUCUUUUUGGUUUGGAAUCAAGCUGCUAGGCAAAAUGACAUCAUUUUUGACAGGGUCUUUAAAUGUUUGCCAUGUGACAAAGCCCCCACCAUGCGGGAUACGAAAGAUUACUCGUUUACAGGGCGCUUGUGUGACACGGACCCAGAGCAGGCGGCAGAGGAGCUCAAGGCCAUCCGAGGCCUUCUGGUGCACUUCCCACUGAAGUAUCUAAACGCGGCGAACCUGCUGCCUCCACUCAACACUAAAGAAGGCAUGGCUCCAUUGGGACUAUGGACAUAA